AAAUUCCGAUCGUUUCUGUAGCGAGCCAUGGAGUCCUCGCUCAACUAAUUUGGCUCUCUUCUUGUCCGCCACCGAUGGGAACGCGGUCUUAUAGAAACAAAAAAUCUCCUUUACGGCAACGGCGGCCCUAAAUGCGUCCUUGAUCGAAAUGAUGUCCACCAGGUCUUUUCCAUCAGAUUUUCGAGGUCCUGUCCCUCAGUUCUUUGAUUAUGGCGCUGCGACCAUGUUCGAUACUUCCAAGGCAUUGGUCUACGGAGGGCAGGUCAAUCCUGCCAUCAACAGCUGGAGCUUUGGCUUGACUACAGUCAUCACUAAUGCAGGAAUCCAUUUCAACAACUACUCCAUCUUUGCCACAGACAAAUCUACGAGUGCCGGUGCCUUCAACGUCUACACGCCUCCAGCACCCGCAGCCCAGGAGUCAUCCAGUAAGGGCUUAUCAACGCCGGCCAUUAUCGGAAUCGCUGUCAGCGCUGUUGCUCUGGUCAUGCUUGUGGCUCUGUUUGCCAUCUUUCAUCGUCGCAACAAAAAGAUCGAUGAGCGCGCUCGAGAGCAGGAAGGAUUGGGGAUGGCAGUUCGCGAUUUGCACGCCAAGGGCGGCAAAGGCAUGAGCUCCUAUCAACCUCGUUUCGCUUCAACCCACUCACUGCUGGAUUCAGAGGCCAACACCUCCCCUCGCGGCCAAAACAGUGUCUCGACCGAACGCCCUGUAGAAAAUUUGACCUUGCGCGUCCCCAUUGUGCGCUACGACGGCCGCGAUGUUGCUCAAUCGGUGCCUCAUGCUCCAUUGGGCGCGGUUGUCCUCUCACAAUACCGUCUUGGCCAGACGGCCGUCAAUUCCAAGAUGAUCGUCAUUCAGUUAGGCGAGAACGUGGACACGGCCGAGAGUGUGACCCUCAAGUGGGUUCGGGACGAGAUUGUCUGGCAGCGAGAGGCCGCUAUGUUGAACCACAUCGUCAACCCCGCCAAAAUCAUCUCGCUUCACCAGACUAUGAUCAUUCCCGCUGCUCUAGAGUGGCGCCAUAUCCUCGUUCUGGAUGCACAUGAAUCAACCCUGGACUUUAUGCUUUCGACUCACCAGCACCGCCUUUUGCACCGACCCGAUCAGCUGGCAGUCGCCAAAGCACUGUUGAGCGGACUGGUCUGGUGCCACGAGAAGGAUGUCGUUCAUCUUUCCAUCUGUACAGGGUCGCUAGUGCUGAACGAGGAAGGCCAUUGGGUCAUCUGGUCUUUUGGCGGAGCUAGGUUCCUGAAUGAGGCUGUUGGACCCCGUCAGGGUUCGUUAAUCGGCCAGGAGAACGGCACCGUGGAGAGAAACCUGGCUCCUGAGCUAUUGAACGCUCGACGGGAACUAAGACUGGACACAACAUUGGCUACAACCGCGAUGGAUGCCUGGGCAGCGGGCUGUGUCCUGUUCGAGGUGCUCACUGGACAGCCUUUGUUUAGGACCGAGGAGGCGGCAGACCAAGCGGCAACUGGGCGAUUCAGUGCAUGGAAGGAUCGUCUCGUCGAUAUUCAGGACCCCAACGAGAGAAAGGUCGUCGAGGGGCUCCUUGUCCUCGAUCCUAACUUUCGCCUGAGUCUUAAUCAAGCUGAAUCUUUGUUUGUGUGAGAGACGGCAGACAACGCCAACAUCAACGCCAUCAAGACACCGCCAAACACCACCUACAAAGAAAUAAAAUACCCGCAUUACCUUCAUUCCCGACUACCGAC